CGCCCCCUCCUGGCUGAGGCGCCGGCAGCUCCCGCUAUGGCUGCGCUGCGGAGGCUCCUGUGGCCGCCGCCUCGGCUGCCGCCUCCGUGCUCGCCUCACCAUCCUGCCCCUGGGCCGUGGGGGCGGCCUGCGGGGACAGCCCCGGGCCCUCCGGGCCGGCCCUUCUCCUGCCGGGAGGAGGACGAGGGGGCUGUGGCGGAGGCGGCUUGGAGGCGGCGGCGGCGCUGGCGGGAGCUAAGCUUCGCGGCCGCGGCCGGCGGGGGUCUGGUCGGCCUGGUGUGCUACCAGCUGUACGGGGACCCCAGGGCCGACUCCGCGCGGGCGGCGGGCGCCUGGCUCCCCUCGGAGAGCGCGGCUGCCGAGCCAGAGGACCCGCCCGGCGGCGGGGGGCUACUUCCCAUCCCGGUCGCCGCUGCCAAGGAGACGGUUGCUGUUGGCAGAACAGAAGUCGAAGACCUGGACCUCUAUGCUACAUCUCGGGAAAGGCGAUUUCGUUUGUUUGCUUCUAUAGAAUGUGAAGGGCAGUUGUUCAUGACUCCCUAUGAUUUUAUUUUGGCUGUUACAACAGAUGAGCCCAAAAUUGCUAAAACAUGGAAGUCACUUUCCAAGCAGGAAUUAAAUCAAAUGCUAUCAGAAACACCACCAGUUUGGAAAGGAUCAUCAAAGCUUUUUCGAAAUCUUAAAGAAAAAGGUGUGAUUUCUUACACAGAGUAUCUUUUUCUUUUAUGUAUUUUAACAAAGCCACAUGCAGGUUUCAGAAUAGCUUUCAACAUGUUUGACACAGAUGGCAAUGAGAUGGUGGAUAAAAAGGAGUUUUUGGUGCUUCAAGAAAUAUUCAGGAAAAAAAAUGAAAAGAGAGAAACUAAAGGAGAUGAAGAAAAGCGUGCAAUGCUGCGUCUUCAACUUUAUGGAUACCAUUCUCCUACUAAUAGUGUACUUAAAUCAGAUGCUGAGGAACUCGUCUCCAGAAGCUACUGGGAUACACUAAGACGUAACACAAGCCAAGCACUCUUCUCAGACCUCGCAGAGCGUGCUGAUGACAUUACAAACUUAGUAACAGAUACUACACUUCUUGUACACUUUUUUGGGAAGAAAGGAAAAGCUGAACUCAACUUUGAAGAUUUUUAUAGGUUCAUGGAUAACCUCCAAACAGAAGUUUUAGAAAUAGAAUUCCUUUCCUACUCUAAUGGGAUGAAUACUAUCAGUGAAGAAGACUUUGCUCAUAUUCUUUUACGAUAUACAAAUGUGGAAAAUACAUCAGUAUUUUUGGAAAAUGUGCGUUACAGUAUACCUGAAGAAAAGGGCAUUACAUUUGAUGAAUUCAGGUCAUUUUUCCAGUUUUUGAACAACCUAGAAGACUUUGCGAUAGCUUUAAAUAUGUAUAAUUUUGCAAGUCGUUCUAUAGGACAAGAUGAAUUUAAGCGUGCUGUCUACGUAGCCACUGGCCUCAAACUUUCACCACAUUUAGUGAACACAGUCUUCAAGAUUUUUGAUGUUGACAAAGAUGAUCAGUUAAGCUAUAAAGAAUUUAUUGGAAUUAUGAAAGACAGACUCCAUAGAGGAUUCCGGGGUUAUAAAACAGUUCAGAAGUAUCCCACUUUCAAAUCCUGUCUGAAGAAGGAACUUCAUAGUAGAUAAGUACUGCUAAAGCAGAGUUUAAAGGAUUAUUAUCUACUUGAAAAUCCAAGAAGCAAACAUUUCAGAGGGCAGAAGCAAGACUGAAAUCAGAACUCGUAGAAAUGAAGGAAAAGGUGAAACGCUAAUUAUAAUUUUUUCUUGAACUGAAUUCUUGAACGUAAGACAGAUAAGAUACAUCUUCUUACUAAUUACAGAUGUUGCGUGUUAUGUUGAGCUUUUGUGUUAUUUACUGAACUCUGCACUUUUUCAUUCCCUUCAGAAGUGUAUAGAUUCUUCCAGUGACUAUAUAAGAAUGUCUUUUAAAUGUUUUUUUUAAUUUAUUAGAAAUUUGUCUCAUUUUUGAAUAAUGUAUGACUCCUGGAAUCUAAAUAACUUAAAAAUGAACAGCAACAUAUUCCCUUUGGUUUUGGACUGUGAACUUAUUUUCAGAAAGUGAAUAUUCCUUGAGAUUUAUCUUAGGGCCCUUAGAAUCGUUAAUAGAUCUCUGUUACUUACCAGGUUUUUAAUUACACUGAAAUCAUUUUGAAACACAAGUAGAAAUUAAGCUACUGUACAAUAUGAUGGUUUACAUUGUACUUUUAACUUUUAAAAGUACUUAAUUAGCAUUAUUGUUUGAAUCAUAUAAAGUUUUUUUUUUAAGUUUUUGUUCAUUUACCAAGGUCAACAGAAUAUCUGGUAUUCUUUUAUGUGUACAGUAAAGAAAUUUAAAAUGUAGAUCUUUCUUUCUCAAAAAAAGUCAUACAUUGAUGGUGGAAACAGUGGUAGUUUUUGUAGCAGUAGUCACUGUUAUUGCCAUUAUUGUUUUAAACAUGGUGCAGCUCUGACAGCAGAUGGGUACAUGUUAAUAACACUAAUAAAAUUAGUAUCUUAUGGCACUGUAACUUAUUGCAUAUUAUUAUUAUAUGUCUGUAGUAUCAAAAUGAAUACUAUAAAGACUAAUAUAAAAUGGUUUAGAAGACUGAUGUAUAUAUUAGGUAGAAGUUAAUGUUUUGUUUCUUGUGAAAGGACCACAUGGACUAGUGAGCCCAACAGGCAGUAAUGAUGAAUAAUUUAAAUAUAAUUCAUUAUUUUAAAAUGUCUUUAAAAAGAAAAGAAAAACAACAAAAUUCAAUAUUCACAUGGGGAAAAUAACUCAAUACUAUUUAUUGGAAAUCUUUUCAAUUUAAAGAGUGUAGUUUAUAAAAGGAUACUAUACAAAAAUAGAACAGUGGAUUUAAUUUAUAUACUGUAUGUGGAAGAUAGUUAAUUUAUCUUCUUGGAUGUAUUAAAUAUAAAUUGCACACACUCCAACUAUUACCUUGCUUUGCACAGGAAAAUAAAUACUGACUUUGGUUUUAUAAGUUAUUAAAUGUGAAAUUGAUCGUUCUGCAUCAGCCUAUUUGUAAAAGUAUUAUUAUUUCCAAGAAAAUGCUGUUAGCAUUGACAGUACAUUUGGUAGACUUUUUACAUUCUUUAUCUGACUUAUUUAUUAUAUUGAUAUAGAAAUAUAUGACUCGUAAGUUUUAGGAUUUCAUAUAGUAUAAUUUAAUUUCACCUGCUUUGAAGGUUGUGAUUGGCUAAGUGAAAAUACCUUCUCAUUUAACAUGCCCAGCUUCAUUUUACCUUCAUUGAAUGUCUUCAAUAUUAUUUACUAUCUAAAAUAAUGGAAAAAUAAUGCAAAAUAUGCAAAGAAUUUAUGGAACUAAUGGAAAAGUAUAAUAAUGGAAAUAAUGCAACUUAUUUUUAUCUUAUAACCUAAGUUACCUUGCAUACAUGGAAAAAUUGAUAUUUAGAACAGUCCUAUCAAUAAAGAUUAAAACUGAAUUAGCUCAUUAAGAUUAUUAAUGAUUAUUAAUAAUUCUGCCAUUCUCCCAAGGAAUACUACCUAUGCAAACUUUACUCAUUAUUGCUUAUCACAAUGAUAUUCAUCUAAAACUGCAGCAUAAUAUUAUACUGCAAAUAAAUAAAGUAUUCUGAUCAAUUGAAAUGGGAAAGAGUAGUAAACUAUGGUGAUUUUCCAUGUUAUCACUCUUGAACUUUAUCAUCUAUAAAAUGGAAGGUAAAAAUAUCUCACUGGACUGUUUACAUCAAUUUAAGAAAUUUUAAAUGCUUUGAAAAUAGUACUAUACUAAAUACAUGUAUGCAGUUCUCAGUAUCUUCUACAAAUUAUUCUUUGGAAAGAUGAAGCUAUUCAUAAAAUUUUAGUAUCAUACUGUUUACAGGAGACUAUAUGAUAAAAGGUUUAUGGUCUUCUAAAAAUCAUUUCAUACUAAGAAUUUCAUUUAACUUAAGUUGUAGUCUGUUGUUCUUAUUAUAAAAAAUAACUGUAAAGUGACCUGUCUUACAUUCUUAUGUUAUCAUAAAAUAAAUAUACUUGCUCUCAAAUCAGAAAUGUA